CUCCAUCAGCCAGUCAUUCUCCCUGCACACAGCUGAGGCUCAACAUCCAAACGGAUUGCCUCCUCCUCCUCUUCCUCCUCCUCCUCCUCAUCGCUCUAUUUCUCCCUCUCUCUCAAACACCUUUCAGUUGCUGCUAAGCCCAGCCAACACUAACAACUGCUCUGAGGAAGAGGACUAUACACACAAAAAACAUAAAAGGAAAAGAGCAGAAGAAUCAGUCAGAAGAUCAGGAUGUGGAUGAGUGUGUCCAGUGUGCUGGCGGUUUCCUCCUGCCAUCACACACAGGUUGCACUGAGGCUCAGGUCCCCCCUGCUUUUCCUCCUCUUCCUGCUCCUGGGGAGCAGUAUCAAGGCUGUCCCCUCUCCUUUCCAGCUGGCCCCGGACACCCCAGCCCCGGCUGAACCUACCCCAACUCAGGCCACACCUCGUCCGGAUCCCUGCGAAGGCCGACCCUGCCUCAACGGGGGACUUUGCUUAGUCCUCCCCUCCACCGGGAGGCCAGAUGACACCUGGGAGUAUACAUGCACAUGUAGCCAAGGCUUCACUGGACGCAACUGUGAGUUUUUCACAGAUCCCUGUGCCAGCAGCCCCUGUCUCCAUGGAAACUGCAGCCGGAGUGACAGUAGGGAGGAGGAGGAACCAACCUACACUUGUGAGUGCACUGAAGGCUACGAAGGAGAGAAGUGUGAUCAGAUCCUGCUGGACCUUCCACCUGCAGACUGGGACCCUGCUACCCCCUCUGCUCCUGAACUAGCCACCCCCGUUGCCUCCACAACUUUAGCCGCCACUCAGCCGCAACAGCCAACCACAGUCCCCUCCACCACAACACCAGCACCUCCCACCCUGCAACCAUGGCAACCCAAACCUGGACAGAGGCUGCUGGUAGUGCCAUGGGAGGCAGACAGAGUGACUGAGGGUCUGCACUGUGUGAGCCCUGAGCUGUGUGAGCUGACAUCAGGAACUCUGACUCUGUCUUUGGAGGUGCCUGAAGAGACUGCUGUAAAAGUGGUGGUGAAUGCCAGUGGAGCUCCGGUACUGUGGCGUGUGAGUGAAGACGGUUUCCUCCGCUCCUCCAUUCUGAAUGGCACUACCCUGGACUUUCUGCAGGCCUCUGAUGGACUGGUGGUGCCAGACAACAUGCUGCCCCUGGGACAAAACUACUUCCUCAGUGUAAUGCGUGUGGGGGCUCUCACGGCCCCAGAGGUCACUCUGCGUCUCAACCUGACGGUGAAAGCCAGCAGCUGUGUGGAGCCUGGCAGCAGCUUCAGUGACCCUCAGUGCUCUGGGAAAGGCAAAUGCAUCACACAACCCUCCGAGAGCACUUUCUUCUGCGAGUGUGAGGACGGUUACACUGGAAUUUUUUGUGAGGAGUUUGACGCCUGCCACAACCGACCUUGUCGUAACAACGGCACCUGCACUGACGUCAGACAAGGCGGUGAAGGACACAACUUCACAUGCACCUGCCAAACAGGUUAUGAAGGGGAACGCUGCCAGUUGCUGGUUGACCAUUGCCUUUCCCAGCCUUGCAAGAAUGGAGCCACCUGUUUCAGCAGCCUGGCCGGACCCAGGUGCUACUGUCCCGAAGGUUACCAAGGUGCUAAAUGUGAACAGAAGGUGGACCCGUGUGCCUCCAGCCCCUGUCAUAAUAAUGGCACAUGCUUCGCCCAGGGCCCCGGUCCCCUGGGGUUUGGCUGUAGUUGCACAUCAGGCUUUACAGGUCCCACAUGUGCCCAGCUGGUGGACUUCUGUGCUCUGAACCCUUGUGCCCAUGGGGUCUGCCGCAGCGUGGGCAAUAGCUACAGGUGUCUCUGUGUCCCAGGCUACCAUGGUUUGUACUGUGAGGAAGAGUACAAUGAAUGUCUAUCUGCACCCUGCCAGAACUACGCCACCUGCAGGGAUCUAAUCAAUGCCUAUGAGUGUGUCUGCACACCACAGUUUGAAGGCAGACACUGUGAAAUCUACAAGGAUCCAUGUCUGAAGAUGCGCUGCCAAAAUGGAGGACGCUGUGAGAGCUCUGGACUUAAUGCUUCCUGUGCCUGCCCACCUGGAUACAAGGGGGAGAAGUGCGAGAUUGACAUCAAUGAGUGUGAAAGCAGCCCUUGUCACCAUGGAGGCACCUGCAUCAACCAGUCAAAUGGUUUCACCUGCCACUGUCCACCUGGCUGGGUGGGCCCCAGCUGUGAGAUCCAUUUACAGUGGAAACCAGCGCACACCGAGGACAGCAUGACCAACAUGCCCCGUCACUCCCUUUACAUCAUCAUUGGAGCUCUGUGUGUGGCGUUUGUCCUCAUGCUCAUCAUCCUCAUUGUGGGGAUCUGCCGCAUCAGCCGCAUCGAGUAUCAGGGCUCGUCACGCCAUGCCUACCAGGAGUUCUACAACUGCCGCAGCAUUGACAGCGAGUUCAGCAAUGCUAUAGCUUCCAUCCGCCAUGCCAGAUUUGGGAAGAAGUCCCGGCCUGCUAUGUAUGACGCUACUCCUAUCGCCUAUGAGGACUACAGUCCUGAUGACAAGCCUUUGGUUACCCUCAUUAAGACAAAAGAUUUGUAAAACACAGCCAUCUCAAACCAUUACAACCACACAACUGUACAUGUGUAUACACAGACACGCAUACAUCAAGUCAGUGCAGAAAGUAUUUCCUAUAAGAAAAAAAUAAACAAUAUUAGCAAAAUAAAACUGAAUGUUAAGUUAAAAAAACAUACGAUGUAGUUUAAAAGGAACCAAUGUGGAAUUUGAUACAUCUAUUUUCCUGUCGAAGUCAAUGAUAAGGCUUUAUUGUAGCAUAAGAGCAUACUUUGCAUUAUUUAGGUUAUAGAAGAGGGGCAACACUAACAGUAACUUCUGCUAUACAAUAGACUAGUCUGACUUUAGUCUUUUCCACACUAUUUAUCUGUCUGCAGGUGAGGUCAGAAGCCUAAAGCAAACUCAGCAGAUAGCACUGACAACAGUCUGUAAAGGUGUUGUAGAAAUAGAGGCAUCACACGGUGCAUUCACUGUAUCUUUUUCUAUUUUAAAAAAUCAACAUCUGCAGUAGGUUGCCUUACUUUGUGCAUGUUUCGAUUUGAUGUUCUCUCUGCAAUAUUUUAAAAUCCUUUGUACUUAGUUGUUGGCUGUUUUUUUUUUUCUUUUCAUUACAGUUGUAUUCUUCUCUGUUGUCAAGAUUGUGCCAAAUGUUUUCUUUGGGUAUUUUGUGGUUAGUAGAUAAAAUACAUACAUGUAUAAAAUACUAGUCACAAAGUUUUUCCUUUUUAGACUACACGCAGUAUUGUCCUGUUCUAUACAUGCAAGUCUCUCAGUGGUGUAUGAAUAGUAAAGAAAGUGGGUGUGCUGGAGUUAUGUACCCCUACCAACCUACUGUAUGUAUUUCAGUGAUAUUUAGGAUAAUAAGUAGGUGUGUUUCUCAUUGCACAGAAAAAUAGUUGAUCUAACUCAGUGUACCAGUGUACAAACUCACCUCUAGUACCAAAAGUGUUGAAUAGUUUUCUGGAUGCAAGUUUCUUGGAGAGAGUGGUUGGCUUUAGGGUGAAGAAGAAGGAGGAGGAUGAGGAAGAUGACUCUGAAAUAUACUCUACAUGCUUCUGUGUCCUGCCAGUGGAAAACUUUCUGUCUGUGCAGCUGUGUCGUUCCCCACAAGGUCAAGCGAUGUUUUACCAAUAGGCUCAGCUAAUCCUACUAUUUCUUUUUCUCAUUUUAAACACAGCAACAUGAUUACCUAUUAUCUAUGUUGAAUUAUGUAAACAAUAAAGAUUCAAGUGAACAUAA